CUUAGCCCCUGGAACAUGGCAUGGACCCCGUCGGAGUAUAAAUAUAUCUUAUACUCCCUCUUUUUUCCCAUUUCUUUAUUUUCUUUUCAUUCAAUUCAUUCCAUACUAGAAGUUUCAGUAACCUCCAGUGUUUACAAAAGCUCCAAACUUCCACACUACAAAAACCUUUUAUAUAUUCAUGUCCGACAUGGUUGCUCCUCGUUCCAUCUUAAAAUCUGUUCUUGCCAUCGAGCAGGCUGAAGGUGUCGGCGCCCGUGUUCGCCGUACCAUCGGGACCAUGGCCAUGAGAAACUUCACGCCGUUCUUAAUGUUGGACCACUUCAACAUCGACCCUAAGGCCGGCUUUCCUGAUCACCCACACAGGGGCCAGGAAACCAUCACCUAUAUGAUGUCAGGUGAAUUCGCGCACAACGACUUCACCGGUGCUUCCGGGAUCUUGAGACUGGGAGAUUUGCAGUUCAUGACCGCCGGUAGAGGUAUUGUGCACGCCGAGAUGCCAAUUCCUCUGGAAGACGGUACGCCCAUUCUCGGAAUGCAGUUGUGGGUCGAUUUGCCCGCCGAGUUGAAGGAGUGUGAGCCUCGGUACAGAGACUUGCGUGCAGCUGAAAUUCCAAUUGCCAAGCCCAACGAUAAGGUCACGAUCAAGGUCAUCUCCGGUGAGUCUUACGGGGUCAAGUCUGUCCAGGACUUGGCUUACACCCCGGUGGAGUACUACGACUACGAAGUUGCACCAGGCGGGUCUUUUGAACAAAAGAUCCCCGAGGAUUUUAAUGCCUUUUUAUACAUUCUUUCCGGUCCCGGUCUCACCUUAGACGGCACUCAUAUAAAGCACUUCAAUACCGUUUUCUUCAAGCGUGACGGUGAGGGAAUUGUCGGUUCUGUCCCUGAAGGUGGUGACGAAAAAACUAGGUUCGUCAUUAUUGCCGGCAAGGUUCUUGACCAACCAAUUGUGCAGCACGGGCCUUUCGUUGAGACCUCCAAGGACAAGAUAUACAAGGCUUUCGACGAUUAUCUGAGAUCUUCUAACGGGUUUGAGAGAGCCAAGAACUGGUCCUCCAAGAUCGGCGGCGGGGUCACCGCAUCGGUCAAGAAGGAUUUAUUGGAGGCUGAGAAGCAGGAAAACGAGAAGGCCAAGGCGCAUUAAUCGUCGUGCGUUUAAGCUAGAUAUUAAUUUAUGCGUUUAACUAAUUAUUGUAUGAAGGUGAAG